AUGCCGAAUUUUGAAUUGCUACCUUUGGAAUUGAUUUCCAUCAUUAUUGAACACCUCUUGGACCCACCAGAGAAAACAAAACACGUCAACAAUGAGGUACAAGCGUAUCAAUCUGUGUUAAACUUAGCUUUGACCUGUUCGAGACUUUAUACCAUUUGUGACCGAUACCUUUCCAAAAGCAUUGCAAUCCACAAUGACGGAUACCAAAAGUUUUAUUACCGAGACCAUCCGACCAAAUUCUCACUAAACUCUAUGGUUUUGGAGCAUAUAGUGUUUCGGCCGCUCAAGGAAAUACCCGUAUCAUCGCUUGAAAAUAUUACAAAUCUGGCCUUUUACUUUGCAAAGGGAUGGAAAAUACAGGCUGUUAGAAGACUGGGUGCUGAAAAUAAUUUUGAUACCUUGCCAGGGGUCUCAUGGCAGUCACUUACUAAAAAUAAUAUGACUCCAAAUUUAAAAUCCAUCACGCUGGGGAUUGGGGGUGGAUUGGGAAGGAUGAAUGGUUUUGGAGAAGAAGAACCUGGUUGGAUGAAAGAGAUUCGUUUUUUGGGUCGGUGCUUGCAGACGCAUCCUGCCACUAAACAGGAAAUUAAGAUGCAUUUGGUUUUCCUAGAACCUUUACCUUCAGUUUCCUUUUACGUAUAUUUGAACACGCUUCCUGUGACGUUUGAGAGCUUGGAGCUGGAAUCUGUAUAUGGAUUUUCAAACGUUGCACAAGUUGUUAAGCCAGGAGAGGUGGGGUUCAUUUUUGAAGAUGUGAAUUUGUUUAAUAGCACGCGAAACAGCUUUUGUGGCGUGUUUUCAGAAGUCAAGUCACUUAAGGUGUGGCGAUACGAUCCACUUCUGCAAAGUGAAAACAAUCGAAAUGGCGUUUUUGUCAUUGCAUCGUUAAUACCCGGGCUCGAGGAGCUGUUAUUACCCAAAAUUAUUCCAGGCACGACCCGUUGUGAACUUGGGAACUAUGUAGUUUACCGUAAGCCUUUUAAAGUAAAGUGA